AUGGCAUGGCCCAAAAAGAUAAGGCUGCUGAUGUUUCUGGUUUCCCAAACCGUGAUCUGCGUCCUGUUCUUUCAUGUAUACAGCCACAACUUCAGCUCCCUGCCUACAAAGGAGGAGCCCAGACCCAUGCAUGUGCUGGUCCUGUCUUCCUGGCGCUCUGGCUCUUCUUUUGUGGGACAGCUUUUUGGGCAGCACCCGGAUGUCUUCUACCUGAUGGAGCCCGCCUGGCAUGUGUGGAUGAGCUUCACAGAGAGCAACUCCUGGAUGCUGCACAUGGCAGUGCGGGAUCUGAUUCGAGCCGUCUUUCUGUGUGACAUGAGUGUCUUUGAUGCUUACAUGAAACCUGGUCCCCGAAAACAGUCCAGCCUUUUCCAGUGGGCCACCAGCCGGGCCCUAUGUUCUCCGCCUGCCUGUGACAUGUUCCCGCGGGAUAAUAUCAUCCCCGAGGCUCACUGCAAGGUCUUGUGCCAUAAACAGCCCUUUGAGAUGGUGGAGAAGGCCUGCCGCUCCUACAGCCACGUGGUGCUCAAGGAGGUGCGCUUCUUCAACCUGCAGGUCCUCUACCCACUGCUGACAGACCCUUCCCUCAACCUGCACAUUGUACACCUGGUCCGUGACCCCCGGGCUGUGUUCAGUUCCCGAGAACACACUGCAGAGGAGCUCAGGAUUGACAGUCACAUUGUGAUGGGGCAGCAUCGGCACCAACUCAAGGAGAAGGACCAACCAUACUACCUGAUGCAGGUCAUCUGCCAAAGCCAGCUGGAGAUCUACAAGGCCAUCCAGUCCUUGCCCAAAGCCCUGCAGCAGCGCUACAUGCUCGUGCGUUAUGAGGACCUGGUCCGGGCCCCCCUGGCCCAGACUUCCCGAAUGUAUGAAUAUGCACGAUUGAAAUUCUUGCCCCAUCUCCAGACCUGGGUGCACAAUAUAACCCGAGGCAAGGGCAUGGGCCAGCACGCCUUCCAUACAACUGCCAGGGAUGCCCUCAAUGUCUCCCAGGCUUGGCGCUGGACUUUGCCUUACCAAAAGGUCUCUCAACUUCAGGAAGUCUGUGGUGAUACCAUGAAUUUGUUUGGCUACCAUCAAGUCAGAUCUCAACAAGAGCAGAGAAACCUGUCACUGGAUCUGCUGUCUACCUGGAUCCCCUCUGCAUAA